UAGAAGUUGGACAAGCCCUGGAGUUCUUAGGGGGAGAAAAUCUAGCCCUAUUGGACACAAUAAGUAGUUUAGGAGCAAUUUGUGGCUAUUUUGUGAUCUGGGGAGAUCCUUGAAUAAGAUUGAAUGAGGUCACAGAGAUUGGAUCAAAAUAUGAAGAUGUAACUGAGUAUGGAGGAUGGAUAUUUCUCCUCGAUUCUUCUUUUCUGUCAGCCACCACUGGAGAAACUGUCAACUAUGUGUAGGCAUGGGAACCAGUUAAAGAAAGUGUCAAUUCACUGGAGUGAAGCUGAGAACUCAGCAGCCUUUGUCUGUGGUGAAUGUGUGCGGAAAGGCAAAGAGGAGUGAGAUUCUCCUGUGGGGCUUCUCAUCUCCAUGGUGGUAGGUGCCGACAGCCGCAGACAGAGCAGGAAAAGGGCAAAGAGAAAGAGUCCUGAGAUGCCUGAGUGCGGUGCUCCUACAAGAUGAAAAGGACAAAGGGUUUGAAUCUGAACUUCAUUAUCUGUAACUAAGGUUUUAACUGAAAACUUGAAUACCGACUCAACCAUAACUCCUAAUACAAAGCUUACCUGGGUGCCUUAAGAAUGAGCUAUUACGGCAGCAGCUACCAGGUAGUAAACGUGGACGCAAAAUACCCAGGCUACCCCCCAGAGCACAUCAUAGCUGAGAAGCGAAGAGCCAGAAGACGUCUGCUCCACAAAGACGGCAGCUGCAACGUGUACUUCAAGCACAUUUUUGGAGAAUGGGGGAGCUACGUGGUCGACAUUUUUACCACGCUUGUAGACACCAAGUGGCGCCAUAUGUUUGUGAUAUUUUCUUUAUCUUAUAUUCUCUCCUGGUUGAUAUUUGGCUCCAUCUUUUGGCUGAUAGCCUUUCAUCAUGGAGAUCUGCUAAAUGAUCCGGACAUCAUGCCUUGUGUGGACAACGUCCAUUCUUUCACAGCAGCAUUUUUAUUCUCCCUUGAGACCCAAACCACCAUAGGGUAUGGGUACCGUUGUGUUACUGAAGAAUGCUCCGUGGCCGUGCUCAUGGUGAUCCUUCAGUCCAUCUUAAGUUGCAUCAUAAACACCUUCAUCAUUGGAGCCGCCUUGGCCAAAAUGGCAACUGCUCGGAAGAGAGCCCAAACCAUUCGUUUCAGUUAUUUUGCACUCAUAGGCAUGCGAGAUGGGAAGCUGUGUCUCAUGUGGCGCAUAGGUGAUUUCCGACCAAACCAUGUGGUAGAAGGGACAGUGAGAGCCCAGCUUCUCCGGUACACAGAAGACAGUGAAGGGCGGAUGACAAUGGCCUUUAAAGAUCUCAAAUUAGUCAACGACCAGAUUAUCCUGGUCACCCCAGUAACUAUCGUUCAUGAAAUUGACCAUGAGAGUCCUCUGUAUGCCCUUGACCGUAAAGCAGUGGCCAAAGAUAACUUCGAAAUUUUGGUGACAUUUAUCUAUACUGGUGAUUCCACUGGUACAUCCCACCAAUCCAGAAGUUCCUAUGUUCCCCGAGAAAUUCUCUGGGGUCACAGGUUUAAUGAUGUCUUAGAAGUUAAGAGGAAGUACUACAAAGUGAACUGCUUACAGUUUGAGGGCAGUGUUGAAGUGUAUGCUCCUUUUUGCAGUGCCAAACAAUUGGACUGGAAAGACCAGCAGCUCAACAACAUGGAAAAAGCACCUGCAGUCCGAGGAUCCUGCACAUCAGACACCAAGGCCAGGCGAAGGUCAUUUAAUGCAGUAGCCAUUGUCAGCAGCUGUGAAAACGCCGAGGAGACGACCACCUCUUCCACUGAUGAGUGUAAGGAGCCACCUUAUCAGAAGGCUGUGCUGACUUUGAAUAGAAUCUCUGUAGAAUCACAAAUGUAGCUUACCUUGUCAUUUUGAGGGCUCCCACUCCAACCAUUUGACCUUCCUGCCAAUCACUGUAAGGCAAGUAUGUGUACACAGAGCUUUUUAAAAAUGCGAUAGCCAUGUCUUAUGGGGACGAUGGGUAUGUAGAGUAGGUGAAACUUCACA